AAGCGCACAGCAAAGGAGAGGGAAGAGAGCAGGAGGGCACUUCAUAAGCUGAGCCAAGCCUGCAGCGAGGCAGAGAGGGGCUGAGGCAGUGCUUGGCAAUAUUCGAGUAGCUGGAGAUUCAAGAAAUAAAGGUUCAAUCUUUAGGAUUUAACUAAAACUCCUACUCUAAUGUGAGAGGCAAAAUAGACUACCCACCUUCACCUCUCAAGCUGAAUGUGACACACUGGGUCAUAGGAUUUUAAACCAUCAGUGGACUUGAGCAAAUGAAGUAACUCUAAAACAUCAAGAAAGAAAAACCUGAAACGACAAGAUCAAUAUGGCCAUGCCUGAGAAAUCAAGCUGUACUAAACCAAGUGAGGAUUUCAGUCAUUUCCCUGAGAUUAUUGAACUCAACGUGGGUGGUCAGAUGUACAUCACUCGCUAUCUUACUUUGGUUAGUGUUCCUGGCUCCUUGCUCUGGGAAAUGUUCAAUGAAAAGAAUCCUUGCUCCCUAGCCCAGGACAACAAAGGGAGAUUCUUUGUAGACAGAGAUGGUUUCCUCUUUCGUUAUGUGCUAGACUACAUGAGAGACCAGAAACUAGUGCUUCCUGACCACUUUCCAGAGUGUGGUCGGCUCCAGAGAGAAGCAGAAUACUUCAAACUACCAGAGUUAGUGAAGAUGUUGGCUCCUAAAAUCAAUAAGGUCAAGUCAUUUGGCAAUGAUUUUUGCCAAAGUGAUGUAGAAGAGCUUUCCACCAACAUUGACAUCACAUGUAAUAUCUCUUCAAGUAAUAACAUCCAAGUUAGUGGCCCUGAUAACUCCCCAGCUCUGACAGUAAACACUGGUUCUGACCUCAAGAAGGCAGGUUUCAUCACUAUUGGCUAUCGAGGCUCCUAUACUCUGGGUAGGGAUAGCCAAGCAGAUGCCAAAUUCCGCCGUGUGGCCCGAAUCAUGGUGUGUGGUAAGAUCUCAUUGGCCAAAGAAGUAUUUGGAGAUACUCUAAAUGAGAGCAGAGACCCUGACCGUCCUCCUGAGAGGUACACUUCUCGAUAUUACCUCAAAUUUACCUUUCUGGAACAAGCCUUUGAUAAAUUAGCUGAUGCUGGCUUUCACAUGGUUGCAUGCAACUCCUCCGGCAUCUGCACUAUCACCCAUGACCAAACAGAUGACAAGAUCUGGACCUCUUACACUGAAUAUGUUUUCUGCCGGGAGUGACACUGAAAAGAAAAUCACCCAGAAAGUACAAAGAAAACAGCCAACUUUCUCUCCCUUCUGUGUUCCUGUGCCAACCAUCCUUUUUAGAAAUAAAUAUGUUAUUUUUGGAUCCAUUAACUCUUGGACAAUGCCAUUCCCUUCACCAUAACCAGCUGAACCUUUUUUGGAGACUUUCUUCUUAUAUAUUCCAUUCUAUCGGGCUUCCAACCUACCUUGGAUUGUGGAGUUGGAUGUCAUUUCAGGAAAAGUAUUCAAUGUGUAGGCAUAUGUGCAUGCACAACACUGUAAGUAUUAGAGAUGUCUUUGUUCAGUGAAUGCAGUUAGAUAAAACCACAGGAUUUAGUUAGUUAAGAAAUGUUAAGCCAUAGUUUCCAAACUAGUUUUCAACACAGUAUCUUGUAAUUGCUUGCAUACUUUGUUACCUGUACUCUCUUAAGGAAAGCCCCAUGUAUACUUAUGUUGAACUGGAGUCCCCUAUAGUAAAUGUGAAUAUGCUUUGUAAACUAUUAUUGCUAUUCUUUUUAUCCAGACAGAAUGGAAGAAACUGAUGGGCAUCCUCCUAGGAGGUUCAUAGGAAGGUCAAUCAAUUCUAAAAUUAUUGAUUAUUCUUGUUAGAAGAAGGAUGUAAAAAAGCAGCCAACAAUGCCAAGAAUAAGAGGCUUAGUACUUGAAUUACAUCAUGACUAUUACACAGGCAUAGGCAGGUAUGCCACUUUAAAAGACUGUGUUAAAAUAUUUUUUUUAUUAAUUAGAACUGAAACAUAAGAACAUGUAGCUAAGGGAAGUUUAAGCGAAUAAUUGCCGUUUUCAAAUAACAUAUGUAGUAGUUUGAUUUUCACUAAGUCAAACAAUUGGAUGUAUGUUAACUCUUAACUUAUGCCAGACUACGUGUGUGGGUGUGUCUUGGGUGGCAGUGGGAGAAGGAGGAGGAUGAAGAUGAACAAAAGGGAUUUUGAAAAAAGGAAAUAAAAGUUCAUCUUCUAAAAUCCAUAUAAAUGACUUUUGUUACAUGGAUUAAAAGAAAAAUCUUCAUAUGAAAACACCAGAGUUUGAUACAAUGACACAAAUGAUUGGGUUGCUGGAGAAUACAAGACAAGUCAAGAAAAAGAAACUUCAAAGGCUCAUUUAAAAAAAAACCCUUUAUCUCUUCUGAGUGGCUUUACAGUAACUCAGUGAUCAAAUGGCCUUCUUGUUUCUUUAUUCCUUCUUUGAUGCCUCUUAUUUACCCCAUGUCUCUAUUGCACUUAAUAUCUUUUGAUUUGGUUCCUAAUCGGGACUCGGGGUUUCAA